CUGGUGAACUUAGAACAUGGCAGCAAUGAAAGCAUGCAACAUCUUGAUCACCGGAGCCAACCGGGGCUUAGGAUUAGAAAUGGUUAAGCAACUCUUGGAAGAUUCUUGUCAAAAACGGCAUAUUUUUGCUACCUGUCGUGAUCCAGAUGGGCCCAAGUCUGAGACAUUAAGAGAACUGGCGAAAAAGCAUCCGAGUGUGAUCACUAUCAUUCGUCUUGAUGCUGAUGAUCCAUCCAGUGUCAAAGAAUCUGCCAAGAAAGUAGGAUCUCUACUGGGAAACAACGGUUUGAACCUGCUUGUGAAUAAUGCUGCAAUAUUGGCAAAUGGCAACAUUCAGACUAGCAGUGUUGAAGACAUGAAAAACACCUUCAACACCAAUGUAAUAGGACCCUUACUAAUCAUUAAGGAAUACCUGCCAUAUCUACAAACAGCGGCAAAAGCCAGUGGGAUACCAGCAAUGUCCUGUAAUAAAGCAGCUGUCAUUAACAUCUCCACUCUUGGGGGAUCCAUAACCAGAAUGCCUUCCAUGUACUCCCAAUUCCCAGUGUUUCCAUAUUGUGUGAGCAAGGCAAGUUUUAACAUGCUGACUGUGUUAGCUGCUGAGGAGUUAAAGGCGGAUGAGAUUCUCUGCAUGGCCCUUCACCCAGGAUAGGCACCGCUUGAAUCAAAAGAAAGUGUGGAGGGGAUGCUGCGUGUCAUUGGCAGCCUUACUGAGAAGCAGCACGGUGGAUUCUUGGACUACAAUGGAGAAAUUUUGCCCUGGUAAACCAGAUGAAAAAUAUGGUCACGGAAAGGCUGGCCAGGUCCAAACUGCUUCAUUUAACCUAAUAACCAUUAAAUGGUUACAAUAAAGUGCCACAAGGGUUUAUGACAGAAACAUGACAAUUUUAUACCAUUUCAUACAA